AUGCCAGUCAUCAACGGGAUCUUACAUCAAAUGGAGCGAGGAAUUAUCAGGGAGACAUCACAAGGUGUGAGAGGUGCUACCACUGCCCUUCACAAAGAGCUGGUGUCACUGGUGGUAGCCAUGGUGAGUGUGGCAGCCACUACUGGGUCACACUACUCUACAAUACACGCGUGGCCGUGGACAAGCGUCUCCUUGCUAGAGGAGGACGCAGUAACCAGCAUAGAUGACCUGUUUGUUGUCACAGUGAUCUGUGGCAGAGACAUAAGAUACUUCAUGUUAAUGUCCUCAGCAGCGAGUGCUGGGGGCACGGUACUGAAGGUGGUCACCACACAGCAGCACGCCACGUGUAUAAUGACAAACGCCAACGCUCCCGCAUGUGGCAGGUCCUCCAACGCUCGCUACCUAGCUGUCACGCCCACCAUGUUGGAGUCCACUGAAACUGAAGCACAACUGCUGUCCCGUGAGCUUUCCACAUUGAAGAGAGAAGUGAGGCAAGUCAAAGAAGGUCGGUUCAUCAGGCCCCUGGGAUUGAUAACGACAACAACACUCUCGUACACUAGCACCAAGACCGUCCCUCACACAGACUCCCCGCACACCAUCACGGUAGCUGUGUUUGGCUGUAGCCCCUCCACCAACCUCCUCCAGCUCACAUUAUGUCCUACUACUACUACCUCCAUCACUCAGACUCCUACUACAGCCACUGACCCAACAACUACUGAAGCACCAGUUACUGACCCAACAACUACUGAAGCACCAGUUACUGACCCAACAACUACUGAAGCACCAGUUACUGAUCCAACAACUACUGAAGCACCAGCCACUGACCCAACAACGACUGAAGCACCAGUUACUGAUCCAACAACUACUGAAGCACCAGCCACUGACCCAACAACUACUGAAGCACCAGCCACUGACCCAACAACUACUGAAGCACCAGCCACUGCACCUUUACUGACCCAACAACUACUGAAGCACCAGCCACUGACCCAACAACGACUGAAGCACCAACCACAGACCCAACAACUACUGAAGCACCAGCGACUGACCCAACAACGACUGAAGCACCAACCAUUGGUCCAUAAAUCUACUGAAGCACCAACCAUUGACCCAACAACUACUGAAGCACCAGCUACUGACCCAACAACUACUGAAGCACCAGCCACUGACCCAACAACUACUGAAGCACUAGCUACAGCCCUAACAUCUACUGAAGCACCAGCAACUGCUGAAGCUCCAACUAUUGAAACAAAACUACUGAAGCACCAACCAUUGAGACAUAAAACUAAUGAAUCACCAGCUACUGCCCCUACAACUACUGAAGCACCAGUUACUGUCCCAAUAUCUAGUGAAGCACCAGCUAAUGUCCCAAUAACUACUGAAGCACUAAUCAUUGAUACAUAA